GAGAUUCGAGAUUCCUUCACACUAAUCACUUUACUGUGGGCGUCUGCUCCGAUUUCCAAAUGCUGAUGUGGUCGAUUCUCAUUGUUCAGAUUUAUUUAAGAAGCUAUAAAAUUGGGGCAGUUAUGAGUUAACUCAGUUAACUGAAGAACAACUAAGUAACACAGCACAUACGUGUGUUCCUGUAUUAUUUUAUACUCGGCAUUUUGCUGUUGUCGUACACAGAAACAAAAAUAAUCAUAAUAUAUUUUAUUACAUUACAUAUUUCAAGAUAUACAGACGAGUAACGUGUGGACUCGAUUCAUUUGCCCUAGUUUUUCUUGUGAAAAUGCGUAAGCUGUUGCAGUGUAUUACUUUUAUUUUUUUGGCAGUAUCAGUAUCGUCAAAGGAAGAAAAGGUAGACCGAGUGUAUAAUAGAGGUUUGAAUGGAAAAGAACACUUCGAAAAUGAUAUCCACAAUAAGGAAUAUGACCAUGAAGCGUUUUUGGGAGAAGAGGCCAAAACUUUUGAUGAUUUACCACCAGAAGAGAGCAAGCGAAGACUGGGAGUGAUAGUUGAUAAAAUAGACCAUGACAAAGAUGGUUUUGUAACCCGUGAAGAACUGAGGGAUUGGAUCAAAUUCACACAAAAGAGAUAUAUAUCAGAAGAUAUAAAUAAGCAAUGGGCAAUGCAUAACCCUGAAAAUAACCCAAAAUUAUCUUGGGAAGAUUAUGAAAAGUUAGUUUAUGGUUUUAUAGACUUUUCAAAUGUUGUAAACCAAGAGGAUGAGAAUUAUUCAUAUAUGGUGAUGAGGAAACGAGACAAAAGAAGGUGGCAGAUGGCUGAUAAAGAUGGAGAUGAUGCUCUUAGUAAAGAGGAAUAUGGGAAAUUUCUCCAUCCAGAGGAAGAUGAAUACAUGAAAGAUGUAAUGAUUUUAGAGACUAUGGAAGAUAUUGACAAAGACAAUGACGGAAAAGUAUCUUUGAAGGAAUAUAUCCGUGAUUUGUAUAGAGGGGAAGACGAUGAAGAAGAACCAGACUGGGUGAAGAGUGAAAGAGAACAAUUCGAUACAUAUAGAGAUAAAGAUGGAGAUGGUUUUCUUGAUGUCGAAGAAGUUAAAAAUUGGGUUAUUCCUCCCGAUUUUGAUCAUGCAGAAGCAGAAGCUAGACAUUUAAUCUAUGAAGCUGAUGGUGAUGCAGAUGGGCAACUAACUAAAGAUGAAAUUAUGAGUAAAUAUGACCUGUUUGUUGGCUCUCAAGCAACUGAUUUUGGUGAUGCCCUAGCAAGACACGAUGAGUUUUGAACCUCCUUGUUUCAAUUAUUUUAUUGUUGUUCAUUAUGGCGUUACUUUUUAUUCAUGGUGAACAUCAAUUUCUUGUUCGGCAACUUAUUGCAGUAAGUAGGAACCAACAAAAUAGGUGUAUAUUGAAAUCUAAAAUUUUUUCACUUCAUAAAGAAUUGCCACUUGUGUUGUUCUGACUGUAAAUCAGUUUCAUGCAACACUACUUAUUUUAGUGCAGAUAGUUUAUAACUAUUAUAAUAACUCUAUGUACUUCUUUUUAUUAAAUUAUUUUCCUUUCUAUCCUUAAUGAGAAAUAAUAUGAAAUCAAAUAUUUGAAAUUUUUUUAGAAUCUAUUUUUAUAGGGUUUUUGCAAAUAAUUAAAUCCAAUGUGUUUUUCUAACGCUUGUAUUAUGAAAUGUGCCAUAACUUAAUAUUUUUAUAUUCUAUACAAGUAUAAAUAUACCAAUUUUAUCAAA